AAUGUUGAGUUCCGGGACUCACUUCAUUGUUUGAACAUCACACUCAUGAUGAGGGUGGCCGUGUCGACGGCUGCUGCAGCGCUGGUAGCGUGGCUGACUUGUGUCUCAGCUACGCCCAGAUUGUCGCCGCGUAUUGUGGGAGGGAAUGAGACCACGAUACAACGAUACCCGUUCAUGAGUAACAUGCAAUACGGCGUGUGGGGUAUCUGGUGGUACCAGGCCUGUGGGGGCUCGCUCAUCACCACCAGAGCUGUGUUAUCUGCUGCGCAUUGUUAUUAUAUGGACAGUCCAUCUUCUUGGCGAGUUAUUCUGGGGACGUCCUCGGCAUCAAGUGGCGGCACUACUUACGAGGUGUCCAAUCUGAUCUGGCAUCCUGGAUACGACCCCAGCACCCUCGAUAAUGACGUCGCAAUAGUCAAGUUGGCAAGGUCUGCUGUUCUGUCAAACAGCGUCGGGAUAGGACGUGUUGCUGCGCCAAGUUACGAACUACCUGACGGGAGUGUCACUUAUGCAGUCGGAUGGGGGACUCUAUCGUCCGGCGGUUCGUCAUCAGAAACUCUGCAACACGUCGACCUGAAUGUCAUAAAUCAAGAGAUUUGUGCACAGAGAUAUUUACAAUUGAAAUCCUUACCAGGGAAUGAAGACUGGCCUGACAUAACACCUGGAAUGCUUUGUGUGGGGGCCCUAGAUGUUGGAGGUAAAGAUGCCUGCCAGGGUGACUCUGGCGGUCCUCUUGUCCACGACAGGAAUGUGCUUGUAGGCAUUACGUCCUGGGGCUAUGGUUGCGCCCAUCCCACAUAUCCGGGAGUGAACACAAGGGUGUCAGUGUAUUAUAAAUGGGUUAUGUCGAAUGCUUUAUAUUCUUAAGUAACGCCGUCUUAUUUUAAUACCAUUAUUACAAUACAUGAUCACCUUAUCUCAUCGAUGAGAUGAUCUUCAAAAGGUGGCAGGUGAGACUUGGACGAGGACAGCAAGAGAUAGAUCUUUGUGGAGAACACUUGGGGAGGCCUAUGCUGAAAAACAAGACAAUCUAGAAACCGGUGUCUAAUAUAGUAAAUUAUUACAUAGGUACUUUUAUAUAAACAAAUUAAAACAGUAGAUUUAAGAAUAGUAAUGUAACAGCACUUAUUUAUAGAUUGUUAAUAAAGGCUUUUAUUAUUAUUAUUACAAAAGAAACUGUUGUUUCAAAUAAAUCCAAAUAAAAAAUAUACAGGGUGGAUCAAAAGUCCGUUAGCAUUUGAAUCGGUUGCCGCGUCUAGCAACGGCGGCGAGGGGGAUGGAGGGGUUACGCAUUGCAAGAGCGGCUAAUGGGAAUUUAGUACCAUGGCGUCGUUUAGCGGUAGUCAACGUGCGUUUUGUGUACGCAAGUACCAUCGAAACAACGAUUCUGCGACCUUAGCUCAACGAAAGUUUUGCAAUCAUUACAAGAUACGACACAAAAAUCAAACUACAUCAGGUGUAUUAAUUAAAAAAUGGGUGCUCAAGUUUUAGAAGACGGGUUCAACAAUGGAUUUACCUCGAUCUGGCCGGCCUAGAACGUCGAGGGACCCCGAAAACGUGGAGCGAGUAAAAUCGUCUGUCCGUGACCAACCUGGACUUUCAACUCGAAAGCGGUCUGCUGUCCUUAAUGUGUCAAGAACAUCAUUAAACCGCAUUCUCAAGAAAGAUUUAAGUCUACAUCCCUAUAAAAUCCAAAUGGUGCAGGAAUUAAGGCCUCAGGACCAUGCCACUAGGUUGCAGUUUGUGAACGAAAUUGUAGAGCGAUUCACCAGUUACAAACAUUUUUUUCUCAUACGAGGCACACUUGCACCUAAAUGGGCAUGUUAAUAGACAAAAUUGUCGUUAUUGGAGUGACACUAAUCCGAAAUUAAAACAUCAAAAACCCCUGCAUUCACCCAAAGUCACAGUAUGGGCUGCUUUAUCAGCAAGAGGCAUUAUUGGUCCAUACUUUUUUUAAGACUCAAGAGGACGUGCGGUUACAGUGAAUUCCGAGCGGUAUAUCACCAUGUUACAAAACUUUUUCGCUCCCGCGCUGCAGGAUUUUGUUGGUUUUAAUCAACGCUCAUGGUUUCAGUAAGAUGGAGCCACUUGUCAUACAUGUGAUGACUCAUUAAGGGCAGCUCGAGACAUUAUUGGCCCAAAAGUGAUAUCGAAAAGAGGGGACAUUAACUGGCCGCCUCGUAGCCCGGAUCUAUCACCAAUGUAUUUUUUUCUUUGAGGAUAUCUUAAGGCUAAAGUUUACGACACCAACUCAGUAACUCUUGACGAAUUAAAGGAUUGUAUUCGCACAGAAAUCCAAAACAUCUCAAGAGAAACAUGUAAAGCUGUUAUCGAAAAUUUCCGCUCUAGAUUGCAGCAAUGCCAGAAUAAUGAAGGAUUGCAUAUGGAUGAUGUGAUUUUUAAGAAAUAAAUUCCCCUUUUUUUACUAUCGAAAGCAAUAAACAAUUUGAUCUAUU